AGGCCGCGCCCGGUCGCCAGCCUCGGCGAACCACACGCCACCGCCCGCCUAGCUUGACCACACACGAGCGAGCGAGUAGCUACCGAUCGACGACGCUCCUUCUGCUUCUCCCCGUCGUCGUCGUCGUCCCAUGCACCUCUGCCACAUAUUGUGAGCGAGCGGCAGCGGUGUGUGCCGAACAAUGGCAGCGCAGGAGGCCGCAGCAGGCGGCGGGAGCCCGCAGGUGGUGAUGCGGUGGCGGUACGGGGACGUGGGCGACAGCAACUUCGCGGUGCACGGGCGCGCGGUGCCGCUGCUGGUGGGGCUGCUGUGCGCCGUCGUCUUCUUCGUCGCGCUGUGCCUGUACCUCCGCUGGAGGUGCCACCGCCGCCACGCGCCCGACGACCCGGAGGCGGACGCCAGCUCCCCGUCGUCGGCCGCAGCGCCGUCGCUCCCCGGCCUCGACGCCGACGCCAUCCGAGGGCUGCCCGUGACGCUGUACCGCCCGCCCGCGUCGCCGCGCCUCCGAGGGGAGGCCGGCGACGACGACCCGGCGGCGGCGCUGUGCUCCAUCUGCAUCAGCGCGCUGCUGGCCGGCGAGAAGGUGAAGGUGCUCCCGCCGUGCGGCCACUGCUUCCACCCGGACUGCGUCGACGCCUGGCUCCGGUCCCAGCCCAGCUGCCCGCUCUGCCGGUGCCUCCUCGCCGCCGCCGCCGCCAAGGACGCCGUCUGAGUGCCAACGCCAGGCGCUUCGAUCGUCGCAUGACAAGCGGGCCCAGCUACCAGCGUCCCUCGACACCCGCGGGCUUUUAAAUCAGCGCACUAGUUAAUGAUA